AUGAGAGCCACAUGCCGGUGGUACUAUGCGGCCGUGUUGGGUGGCAUUUGCGGACGCACCCCUCCGCGCCUGCAGCACAGCAUUUCACUGAGUAACCUGGAUGAGGGCGUUGCGGGGCUGCGCCGCAAGCUGCAGUCGCAGUUGCACCAGAAGAUGCCGCGCAUGCAGACGGUAGAGACGGAGAGUCGCCUCAUCGCGCAGCUCUCCCGCAGCGCCCUGCCUGAAGAGCGGGCGGAGGCACUGGAGAUGGGCGAGACCAUGUGGGCAGAGCUUCAUGACGCGGGCUCUUCCAUCCCAUUUGGCUCCCGCACGGCGAUGAAGAUCACACUCUGCUCCUCGCUGCGUCGCUGCGCGCUAGUGAGCAAGAACCGCAAGCUGGCCGAAACCUGGACUACGCGUUUCGCCGAGCAGACAGCGACACUCUCACCGGCCGACUUCAAGGAGAGGACCUGCACGUCGGACAGGGUGCCUGGGUGGCGGGAAGCGCGCUCGCAGGCGCGCCCUGGCACGGGAAUCGACGCCGAUGACGUCGAGGCCGAGGCAGCUGCAAAGGAGGGGGACACCAACAAAGCCAGAAAAAAGGCCUUUUCCCCGUUUGAGCAGUAUCGGCAGGAGAAGAUGCUUGAGCACCCCACGGUAGAGCUGGCCUUUCGUCGUCGUGCUGGGCCGGGACCACGGUACACGGGUUGA